UGUGUCUAUGUUACAUUCAGCGAAGGCUCUUAGCUAAAUGGCUCUUGUAAAGAUGGAACUUCCUACUUGUCUUCAUCAGCUGUUCCUUCAGCAGAUCAUUCUUAUCUUUUAUUUCAGCUUGCAAAAUGUGCAAUGUCCUUGUGACAGUUUAUCUGCUCUCUGCUAUCGUUGCCCAUACCUCAUGGUCAGCCCCAUGGACAGAGGGAUGAACCUAACAAUUAUACUACUGUUCCAAAUCAUUCAGAAAAAAAAAAUGGUUCAAAAGCUACUUUUACUUGGACUUGAAAGCUCCGGAACAAGCAUCAGGCACCAGCUAAUUAGAGUAAAUGCCAAUGGAAUGAAGCAUGGCAAUGGAUGAGAUUUUUGAAGAUGUUCGUGUUGUAGUAUUUUGUGUGGCCCUGAUUCAUGUCAAAGAACUCUCUAAAAAAUGGUCAGACAUCCAUGUUUCAAAGAGACCCCAUUUGUUUUAAUCUCGAACAAGUAUGUCUGUUUGUGGAGAAGGUCGCUCUUGUACCACUGGACUCUUGUGAGUGGUUCAGCAAUUCCAGUCCAGUGCAGACUCACCAUAGUAAGCAGUCACUAGCA